AUGGAGUCCUUUGCUGUACCUCAGGACCAUGGCAUGGAGAACUGUCUUCAGAAGAGCCUUUCCCUGAAAAUAACAAAAGACAUUGAUCAAGAAGCCCGGUGUUCCCAUGUCAGUCGGAUGCCCAACAGUCCCUCCACAGACUGGCCCCUGCUGGGUGUGGAGGAAAAUGGAGGUGUAGAUUCUCUGCCGUUCAGACUGAUGCUACAGGAGUGUACGGCAGUGAAGACGCUGCUGCUGAAGAUGAAGAGAGUGCUUCAAGAGAGUGAUGUAAGCCCUUCCAGCAGUACCACAUCGCUUCCUAUCAGCCCUCUUACGGAAGAGCCACUGCCUUUCAAGGAUAUAACAAAAGAUGAAUGCUCAAUGCUGAAGCUGCAGCUGAAAGACAGGGAUGAGCUCAUUGCUCACCUUCAAGCGGAGCUGGAAAAAGUGCAGCAUCUACAGAAGGCUUUUGCUUCACGUGUAGAUAAAUCCACGCAGACUGAACUUCUAGGAUGUGAUGGUUUAAGCUUGAAACGACUGGAGGCAGUACAAGGCGGGAGAGAGUCUACAUACCGGAAUCGAGCCAUGAGUCAAAGUCUCAGCACAAGGGACAGAAAAGCAAUACAUACUCCCACCGAGGACCGUUUUAGAUACUCCACAGUUGACCAGACAAGUCCCUACAAGAACAUCUGCCAACUCCCAGGUCUAUGUCUAAGCAAUUUCUUGAAGGACAAGGAAUUAGGAGGAGUUAUGAAACACUCAAGGGGUGCUUACGAAGCCAUCACCUCAGAAGGGACACAGAACUCGAGGACCACUGGGGGACCAAGCUUGAUGAAGCCAGCAACAAAGACAGAAGGGCUCUCCAUGUUCUCGGAGAAACCAAAAGACCCAGCAGCUCUGUCCCGACAGCACUCGACCUUCACAGGCAGGUUUGGACAGCCACCCAGAGGACCUAUCUCCUUACACACAUACAGCAGGAAGAAUGUUUUUCUCCACCACAAUUUACACACCACAGAGUUCCAGACUCUGGGGCAGCAGGAUGGGUAGUUAGACCCUUGCUCUGUGAACAAUAGAGAUGGCUACUGCUCCAUGUGCCAUGUUAGAGUGGUCAUGUUCAUUUUCCUAGUUUUAUUUUUAGGUGUAAGCAAAGACUUAUGGGCUUUUUUCUUUUAUUUAUAAGGAUGAGGGUUUGAGUAUGUUGACUGACUAGAUUGAAUUGUGCAGAAGACUUUGUUGUCUAUGGAAAUACACAUAUAUAAUGAAUGGAAUCAUCUUGCUGACUUAUGUAGUCUAUAAGUUAUUAUAUUUUUUUCUGUAUAACUUGCUAAUAUGCAUUGAGAUUUCAGAAGGUAAUGUCAAAUAGCUCUCUGAUUAUGGUGUUAUUACAAAGUAGGUUAGAGGAAUGAGCAUAGGAAGGAACUGUACAGUUGUAGGUUAAAUAGUUGCUAGAAAGAGAGGAACGGACUUUAAAGCUUGUCAUAGAUGACGUGUUUAUUAGCGGAAUGAAGCUUGUGUGCAUGUAACGUGAGAUACCUUUGUCUCUCUAUUACAUACAUUCAAGCUUGUGGAGCUAUUGGGAGGGAAGGACCAUUCAUUUUGUUUUUUUAAAUGAUUAGUUACACUAGUUCACAAAGGAUAGAGAGCCACAGCUCUACUCUUUACAAGGUUUUUCUUUUUUAAAAAAAAAAAUUUCUACUGAUAUAAAAAGUAUCACAGAGUGAAGUGACAGAGUCAGCUGAACUUUGCCAAAUGGCACACUUUGUGGGUAUUGUCAUGGAUAAAUGAGAACAUUUUUCAUUAAAUUUCAAAGAUUUACUAUUCUAAAAAAUAUAUAUUCUUUUACUUCACUUUCUUUUUAUUCUCAAAAUACUCAUUUAUUUUUAUAUGGACCCAGGUUUACUUUAUACUCAUUAACCCAUGGUAUUUUUAAUUAAGAAACAGAAAGAACAGUUUUGUUUUGUUUUAUUGUUUUGUUUUGUUUUUUAAUCUAUAUAUAAAAUUCUGGCUAUGCACUCUACUAGAUUUGCAACCGCAAGUAAAAUAUGUGAACUUUGGCAAUUUGAUCUACGAAAUCAAUCUCUCAUCAAAACACUUUAAUCUCAUUAGGUGGCAAACAUUAGUCUUCAACAUGUAAGGCCCGAUGUUUUGCCUACUUGAAUGCAUAGGAGGUAGAUCAAUAGAGCUAAAUAGAAACAUUUUGCUCAUGUAGUUAUAGAAGAGUAUCAAAUGGCAGUUGCUUUAGAGAAAGAUCAGGGCUAGAAACUACUCACAUUCUGUAUAGUGGGUGUAUUGAGACUCUCAAGCCCACUGCAUGUCCUGUUCUAAAGCAUUCUCUAAUAGGCAGGCUCCAUCAGCAUGCACAAAUGAGACAAAGGAAAAAUGACACUGUAGUUACAGCAUGCCAUCUGACUAAGCUGCUAAAGUUAAAGCCACACCUAACAUGCACCGCCUAAUAUAAAAAUGUAUUUGAACUCUACACUUUGGGGGAGAACCCUGAGAUGCCCGUCCCAGCUUUAACUACUGGUUUGGCUAUGUUGUACUUCUUUUAGUUUUAUGGAUGAAGACUUACAUCACUUAAGCUUUCUUUGGUGUUUGUUUCAUGUGUGUUUUUACAAUUCUGUUAAAGAUAAAAAGACACCUGAGCUUGCUGCCUAACAUUUCCAACAUCUACUAGAAGCUACAAAAGUCAUGUGGAUGUGCAUUAUGAGCUGGACAAUAUUUGUGAAAUUAUAGAAAAAAAAGAUAAGUUGUAGAAUUCAACUUGAUUUGAACUGAAGGUUGGUUUCUAUUCUUAGAAUAUUUUAAACUUGUAAAUACCCAAGCAUGAUAAACAAAAAAAAAAGUUGUUUUUUUUUUCUCUAGGAUAUGGAAGAAUAUGCAAGAAAACAAGUAAUCUUUUUAAGUUGCAUUUUAAAGUUUAUAGUUAUGUUUUCUUGGAAGAUAGCUUUUGAAUUAUUCUUUGUAAGAAAUAAUCUAUUUAAAAAAUCCUGCCAUUUAAUAGACAUUUUAAGAGAUGUUUUAAACACUAGUAUUUUCUUGACAAACCUUUUUUAAAUGGGAACAUUCAAAAAGAAACCCUGGAUUAACCUGCUCAAUUUUGAAAGGAAGGGUAUUUUUGGAAUGAUCACCUUGAGACUGUUUUGUAUCAGUAUUUUCAUUAUGGUUCUAGUUUCAUUUGUAAUACCCAGUGUAACUCAGGCCUGGAGAAAGUUUAAGCCGACUAUAUUAAUGCAGGUCCAUAACAAUGGCCUGGGGUUCUUUUCCAAGUUCCUCUGUGUGGCUAUCCUAAGUCCUAACAAUCUUGUGUGGGCAUUCUUUCAGUGGAUUGAUUUCUUUGUACUAAAAUCUCUAGUUUUCUAAGACUAUUCCGCAUAUUAAAUGGUUUUAUACAUUUCUCCAAGGCGGUACAUAUCCAAAGACAUGAUGCCAGGGAAAAAGUGCUUGCUUUUCUGAUGUAGCAAUGGUCUCCUCCUUUUUCUUCUUUGCAUGUAUUUGUGUAGCUAAGCUUGGAUAACUAUGUAAAACUUCUGCUGCAGCUCUUCUCAAUGCGGGGUGUGUGAAGAGUCAUUUCUUGAAGAACUGUGUCUACCUGAAAUAAAUGAUUCUCACUUUUGUAA